AUGAGUACUUCCUCUCCGCAAGGGGUUUCCUCCUCGUAUGCGCUCCAAGUUUCGGAAAUGAUUACGAAACAUAAUCUCUUUCAUCAUGUCUCGACCUGUACAGGAACAUGCUUCAACUGUUAUGCUCAUCAUGAUUCCGUGGUUCAAUUAAUUGAAUUGAUGGUCAAUAAAUUGAUGAAAGAUUUUCCAGAAUAUUUAACGGAAGAGGACAAACGAUUUUUAUGUGCCACGCCUACCUCGGAAGAAUGUACAGCAAAACAUGUGGACAUUAAAGUCAUUGCUCAUGAUGUGCUAAUGCUGAUUGAUACCAAAAUGAUAUUAAAGCCUUCAUCAUCGUCCUCCGCUACAUCACGGAAUGUAAAUAAUAACAGCAAUAGCCAGUUUAAUUUAUUUAAAAGUAAUAAUAAUGGUAAUGACGUACUGAAUGGUGGAAAUUCAAAGAAUUUAAUUAACACCAAUGGUUCCCAGAAUGGGACGCCAUUUUUAGAUAGUUUUGCUAUUGCUUCUCCUGCUGUCACAACUGAGAAAGCAGAAAGUUAUUCCAUUACUCGAGAAGAUAUUUUACGAUUAAAACGAGAUAUAUUGCGAGUUGGUUCUUUAAUUCACCUUUACAGGAAAUGGAAGAGAGGGUUACUCAGCAAGGAAAAUUGGAUUUGGUCAAGCUUUGAAAAAGUCAUGAUUCAAAAAUUAGGUACAGCUCCAAGAACAUGUUUAUUAGAUGGGGUAAUUGUUGCACCAAGCUAUGCAAUACCAGAGUCUAAAAUGGUCUACAAUGAUGAAUAUGGAGAAGAUGAAGAGUCUAACCCUUUAUUGAAAUUAGCCUUUGUGAUGGACAUUGGAUUUGUUGCAUGUAACUUGGAUGAAAUUAAUUCAACCAAAUGGCUUUCUGGAUUUAAUGAGUAUAUUGAAAAAUUGGAAAAUUAUGAGUGA